AUGCCACACCCGAUUAAGAUGGAGAUGGUGUUAGAUAAAAGUAGUUUGCUGGAGACAAAGAAACAUCUCUUAGAAAAUAAAACAAUAUUGGUUCUUGGUGACGAACAGAUCAACAGAAAAUGGAUUAGGUCUACUCUUACGAACUAUGGAGUCAAAUUGGUCCUGGUUCAGACUAAGUCCGACAUUGCACCACCUGGUGAUGUCUGCACGUAUAUACAAUACGACUUCACUGACCAUCGACAAGACGAAACACAUGCCGACAGAAUAGCGCAGAUAUUGACAGCUCUUGAGCUCUCCAUUAAUGGAUGCUGUACGUUCACUGAUAAAUGCGGACCACUAGCUGCUUAUUUAUGUGAGAGGCUAGAGCUGACUGGAGGUGCUGGCGUAUUGGGAGCGACGAAUGUCAGGAGCAAAAGUUCAACACACAUGUACCUCCAGAAAGAGAUUAACGGUGUUCAACAGUUCCCCCGAACUUACCAGUACACCGGAAGAUUUGCUCACAUCACAUGCGCAGAAUCACUGAGAUCUGCCUCAGAAAUGGUUAAACACCCGGCGGUUUGUAAACCGGAUACUGGCACGCGCGGGAAUGGAGUUGAGAUGAUUCAGAACGAAGAGGAAUAUGAACGUCUGAGUAAGAAAAUAAGCAAUGGUCUGGCAGCCAGCAAUUCAAUGAUAAUUAUGGAAUAUUUUGAGGGCACUGAACAUGACAUAGAUGUGAUCUUGUAUCAAGGAGAAGUCAUCGCCGCCAUUGUUUCAGACAAUGGUCCUACAAGAAAAGGAUCCUUUCUGGAAACGUAUAUGUCAAUGCCGACAUGUCUACCUCCCUCCAAGGCCGCGCAACUCAGGAAAGCAGCAUCGCACUGUUGUAUUGAUAUCGGCCUCCGUAACGGCGUUUUCAGCGUGGAGAUGAAAUUUACGUCCACAGGUCCGAAGCUGCUAGAGAUCAAUGGACGAAUGAAUGGGGAUUAUGUCCGAAACUGGACAUAUAAUUGCUUCAGAUUUGAUCCGCUUUGGUAUGUUAUGGUUAUUGCCGCUGGAAUCCGACCGCCAGUUCCGUCAGAAAAAUCAAACGUCCACAUUAUGGGUAUCACGUGUGCUUUGCCUGUACACCAACAUCUUCUGCGCAAACAAGAAUUCGGGACAAAAAUUGAUGAACUGAUCCAUUCUGGUAAAAUUCAAUUCUUCGGUACGAAGUUCUUUGACUGUAAAAACAGUAACACCCAAAAUAUCGUGGCAAUUUGCAAUGUUGCAAUUGUUCAGCAUGACUUACAACACGCAAAAUCGGAACUCCUUAAAAUAUGUGACAUGCUAGGAAUUCACACGUCACUCUUUGAUGUCCCGAAAUAUCUUUCAGAUUUUGUCCACGCCAAUUCAGUGAUGUGA